AUGAAAGCUGAAAAAAAAAAAUUUAUUGUUAAGGGGUAAACUGGAGCAGGAAAGUCAUUUUUUUUAAAUUUGCUUGAAGGGAAAUAAGGAGAUAAUGGAUCAUUCCAGGUAGCCUAAAAGCCUGAAUCUUGCACAAAAAAUAUUUAAACUCAAAGUAUAAAGUUAUUUGGAAAUGGAAUGGAAGUGAUCUUGGUUGACACACCUGGUUUUUAUGAUUCCGAAGAAAAGAAAAGAUAGAAUAACAAUGAAAAGCCAGAAACUUUCCAAAUGAUUGAAAAUUUGUCUAAGGAAAUAAAAUAUAAACUUGAUGGUAAAAUUAAUAAAAUUUUCCAAUGUAUAAGUGUACAAGAUAAGUUGGAUGCUUAGAAGGAAAAUAUUAUUAAUAUUGUCAAAAUGUUUGUAGCUGCUACAAUUAGAAUAGUAAUAAUAAUAACAAAAUUCAAUACUACACUCAAAAGUCAAUAAUAAAAUUUUAAAACAAGUUGGAAAGAAUCCAUGAAUAAAAACAAUUUCGAAGAUAUUAUCUUUGUUGGUGAUGAAUUACAAGAUGAAGAGAAAAAUAAAUUAGUGAUCUUGUUGAAAAAUCAAUUGCUGAUAAAAUCUAUAAAUAUGAGGAGUUAACAAAAUAAUAAUAAGACGAAAUUAAAAAAAUCUUAGAAUAUGAAGGCUGUUUCCCAUUGA